GGAUUUCCUUUUUUGUGGAUCAAAUAUUCCUUACCCAAGAGAGGAAAGUCUGGGCCCUUUUUUAACCCUCCUUUCACGCGUAGACACAUCUUGGGUAUGCCUUCCCAGCCCCAGCCCUCAGGGGUGACCCUGCCUACAGUCGCCACAGCCAAGUGGAAUCAGGUGAAAAUUUGAAAGUGGGAAUGAGUUAGUUCCUAAAUCUUAAGAAUUUGCUCCAGAGCUCUGAUACUCCGAUUGGAGGUGCCAGGCCCUGGAGAAGAAGGCUCAGGUGAUGUUCUUAAUGAAGACCACCCACCUCCAGCUGGAUCCCAGAGCAGCUUGAGCUGCUGCGGAGUAUUGGAAGCUACAAGAGAGGUGGAGGUGGUAUUCUAAGCUGUCUCCCACAGAUUUCUAAGGGGCCUGGUUGGACUUGGCUUACUGGCUAUAACUUGUAGCUCACCCUAGGAGCCAGAGCUAAGGAAGCGGUACCUUACUAUCCCAGGCAUCCCUUCCCUUCUCGCUUUGAGGAGCUGUGGGGAGGACAAGGUGGUGGUGGAGGGAGUGAGGAGAAGGUACAGUUCUUACCCUAUCAUCACUGACAGGAAACUGAGAAAGAUAAUACCUGACAACAUUUGGGAACAUUCUCUUCAGAAAUCUUUAAAUAUUUCUUACCCAGAACUUAAAGAAAAAGUUUUAUAGCUAAGGCAAAAGAUGAAGUAAAAAAACAGAAGUAUCUAUCCAGAAUACUAAAAAAGAUCUUAAUGUACAGGCAGGAAAUAGCAAGGGCAGUAUAACUAUGCUGUGUCUUCACUAAAGUUGCCCCCUUCGUUAAUUAAGUUUGGGUUGUGUUCUCCAGUAGGACAAAGUAAAACUGUCGAAUGCAUUUUGCCUUGUUGAUAUUAUUGUGCUCAUAUUUCUCAGCUGUGCCUAAGUCACUUGUACAUAUAAUGAGUUUUUAAGUGUAUCAUUGGAUUGUCCCCACGCCCAAAUAAGGCCCCUGAAAUGUCAGUCCUGAGUCCUGGGACAGAACUUGAUAUUCUAAAGUCUAGAAUCCAAUUGUAUCUAUCACCAACCAUGUAACUUUGGGCCAGAUCCCUCCUGUCUGUUUCUUUAUUUCAUUGUCUGUCCAGAAAGGGCAAUCUGACUUGAUAAUUUUAAGACUCCUUUUAUAAAAAUUUUGUGAUUUCUUGAAAAUGUUGUUCGUAGUCUCCACCUACACAUAUGGGAAGGAGGAAAUAAUAGCAAGCACCUUCAGGAUGCAGAUGAUUGAACUUUCUUACGUAGGCCAUGAGGUUGUCGUUCACAUGCUUUGAGGUUUUUCGAAUAGGAAACUAGGUGGGGUUAACUUUGCAUGUGAAAAACGUCUUGGGUGAACGAUGAUUUCAGUUAAAAGAUGUGUUUUUCGGAGUGGAGCCCAGCUGAAGAAAUGAAAUCUGUCUGGUGUGGCCCUGCAGAAAGACAGCCAUGAUUCUGUCCACCUAUAACACCUUCCAGUCCAUGUUCUGUUGCUGCUGCUGCUGCUGCUCAGUUCAGAAGCGACAGAUGAGAACACAAGUAAGCCUGAGCCGAGAUGAAGUACCUUCAGAAACACACACCCAGCAUCGCAGGCCGUGGUUCAGCGGACUGUCAAGUAAGAAGCAAUCCAACAGGGGCCAUGCGCAGCCAUCCAAGCGCAAGCCCCUGCCGCCGCUCCCCGCCUCUGAGCUGGCCCAGGAGAGGAUCCAGGUCAAGGCGCUCUUCGACUUUCAGCCCCGAGAGCCCUGCGACCUUGCGCUGCAGCGAGCUCAGGAGUACCUGGUGCUGGAGAAGCGCGACCCUCACUGGUGGAAGGCAAGAGACCGUUCGGGGAAUGAAGGCUUAAUCCCAAGCAACUAUGUGACUGAAAACAAAUGCACCAAUUUGGAAAUAUAUGAGUGGUACCACAGAAACAUUACUAGAAAUCAAGCAGAACAUCUAUUAAGACAAGAGGCUAAAGAAGGUGCAUUUAUUGUCAGAGAUUCAAGGCAUUUGGGAUCCUACACAAUUUCUGUAUUUAUAAGAGCCAGAAGAAGUACAGAGGCUACAAUAAAACAUUAUCAGAUUAAAAAGAAUGACUCAGGACAGUGGUAUGUGGCUGAAAGGCACCUCUUUCCAACAGUCCCUGAGUUGAUCUGGUAUCACCAACACAAUGCAGCUGGUCUUCUGACUCGUCUUCGCUACCCGGUUGGGCUGAUGGGCAGUUGUUUACCAGCCACAGCUGGCUUUAGCUAUGAAAAGUGGGAGAUAAACCCGUCUGAGUUGGGUUUUGUCAAGGAGAUUGGAAGCGGUCAGUUUGGGGUGGUCCACUUAGGCGAGUGGCGAGCUCACAUCAGCGUUGCUAUCAAGGCCAUCAGUGAAGGCUCCAUGUCGGAGGAAGAUUUCAUUGAAGAGGCGAAAGUGAUGAUGAAAUUGUCACAUUCAAGGCUAGUUCAGCUCUAUGGGGUGUGUAUACAGCAGAAGCCCCUUUAUAUUGUUACAGAGUUCAUGGAGAAUGGGUGUCUGCUCAACUACCUCAGAGAGAGAAAAGGAAUGCUUAGAAAGGAAAUGCUACUGAGUGUGUGCCAGGACAUAUGUGAAGGAAUGGAAUAUCUGGAGAGGAACUGCUAUAUUCAUAGAGAUUUAGCGGCAAGGAAUUGUUUGGUUAGUUCUACGUGUAUAGUAAAAAUUUCAGACUUUGGAAUGACGAGGUAUGUCUUGGAUGAUGAAUAUAUCAGUUCUUCCGGAGCCAAGUUCCCAAUCAAAUGGUCCCCUCCUGAAGUUUUUCAUUUCAACAAAUACAGCAGUAAAUCUGAUGUCUGGUCAUUUGGAGUUUUAAUGUGGGAGGUUUUUACAGAAGGAAAAAUGCCUUUUGAAAACAAGUCAAACUUGGAAGUUGUGGAAGCCAUUUCUAAAGGUUUCCGGCUCUAUCGCCCUCACUUGGCACCCAUGUGCAUCUAUGAAGCGAUGUACAGCUGCUGGCAUGAAAGCCCUCAAGGCCGCCCAACGUUCUCCGAGCUGCUGCGGGGUCUCACAGAGAUUGCAGAAACCUGGUAACACGGAGAGGGAUGCCAGCUCCAAGGACCAGCUGCAGAAUUGUCACUGUCAUGGAGAAAAUCAUGGGCGGGGUCACUGAUGAAGAAUAGCUUCUUUUAGAGUCAGUACUCUUGGAAACAGUGCAGAAAUCACAGGUUUUUCAAGCUUUAAAUUUGAGAAUAUUCUGGCAAUCAUUUUUCUGCAUGUGUGAGAGGAAUUUCUAAAUGUGUGUCUUUCUGUAAUAUCUUUCAUGACCUCUCCAUGAAGAAGAGGAAAGGCUGGAAGGAAGCCUUUGUGGGGUGUGCCAGAGCCUUUGAAGGUACAGGAGUGCCUGCCUUUUCACAAGGCUAAGGGAAUUUCUGUCCCGAGGAAGACAAAUGUUCAUUGCUUCAGUAAAACAUGCACAGGAGUGGAAGGACUUUUGCCCAGUUCAUGGAAUAAAGAACCCUCCCUGGCACAGUUGUGUGCUUUGGGGUUGUACAGAGCUUUAUAGGAACCACACCUUUAAGAACCACACAAAUGUGAGCAUUCUGGGAAUGCCUUUUGUAAAACUUCACACAUGUUAUUUAAUAAACUGGUUUUUUCACACAUCGGACUGUA